AUGGCACCUGUAAGUGCAAGUCCUGGCCAUUCAGUUGGCAUGGUGAACACAGGUGGUAACCCUGAGGGACAAGUGGCUGAUGGCACCAAUGAAAAUAUCACAAGCCUAGGCACCAGUAAAGAGAUUUCUAGCAUAAAGAUUAGUGAAAAGAUUAUAAGCCUAGGCACCAAUGAAAAGAUCACAAGCCUAGGCACCAGUAAAGAUAUUUCUAGCAUAGAGACCAGGGAAAAGAUUAUAAGCCUAGGCACCAGUGAAAAGAUCACAAGCCUAGGCACCAGUAAAGAGAUUUCUAGCAUAGAGAUCAGCGAAAAGAUUAUAAGCCUAGGCACCAGUGAAAAGAUCACAAGCCUAGGCACCAGUAAAGAUAUUUCUAGCAUAGAGACCAGGGAAAAGAUUAUAAGCCUAGGCACCAGUGAAAAGAUCACAAGCCUAGGCACCAGUAAAGAGAUUUCUAGCAUAGAGAUCAGUGAGAAGAUUAUAAGCCUAGGCACCAGUGAAAAGACCACAAGCCUAGGCACCAGUAAAGGGAAUACUAGUAUAGAGAUCAGUGAAAAGAUUAUAAGCCUGGGCACCAGUGAAAAGAUCACAAGCCUAGGCACCAGUAAAGAGAUUCUAGCAUAG